AUGAAGAGGAUCUUCGGGUUCGGAAAGAAGAAGAAGGGGCAGCCGCCGCCCGGCAGCGCCUCACAGCCCAGCCCCACCGGUGCCUACGAGCUGCAGCUGAAGGACCUGGGCAAGCUGCACCGUGCGGCUGCCAGCGGCGACUUGGCCCAGGUGCGGCGGGGACUGAAGAAGUACGGCAUCGACGGGCGCGACAAGGCCGAGCGGACACCUCUGCAUCUUGCUUGUGCAAACGGCCAUGUGGAUGUUGUUGCAUAUCUAGUAGAAAACAAAUGUAACCUGAAUCUUUUUGACAGCGAUAACAGAUCACCACUCAUGAAGGCAGUACAGUGCCAGCAAGAAAAAUGUGUGGCUAUUCUGCUAGAGAAUGGUGCAGACCCUAAUCUGGCAGAUACUGAUGGCAACACUGCCCUGCACUUGGCUGUCAUAUCUCCUAAUACAUCUGUAGCAGGGCUAUUACUUCAGCAUGAUGCCAAUAUUGAUGCUCAAAAUAAGGAGGGAUAUACCCCCCUUAUUCUUGCUGUCUCUGAACAUCAGGAAGAGAUAGUAGAUUUUCUCCUUGGAAAAGGAGCUGAUGUGCAUGCUCGAGAUCGGUGCAAAAGAACACCACUUAUGGCUGCUGCUUCUGAUGGGCAGACUAAUUUAAUAGAAGUUCUUCUCCGAUAUGGUGCGGAUGUUUCCCAUAAAGAUGCUAAUGGAUGGACAGCUGAGAAUUAUGCUCUUAUUCAUGGACAUUCUAGUCUUGGAGAACGACUGGCAGAACACACAGACUGGAAAAAUGCAGAAGCUUCUGCAGAUGUACUUAGCACUCCUCUCCGGACAGGAGCUGUUGGCUUGACAUUGGGUGCACCUGCUGUGGACAGAGCAUGUCAAAUUAAUGUUUCAACAGCAAUAGAUGACCUUUCGGAAGGAGACUCAAUAAGAAGCUCUGAGAAACUGGGGAGUGAUGACAGCUGCCAUACUUCCGAGGAAGAAGAGCUUCAUUUUACCCCCAAGAAGCUGCAGAAGCCAAACUUGACACUGUUAAUGAAUGCUUCCCAGCAGUUCAGGAAUUAAUAUGAUGGUGAUGGUUCUUUAGUUCAAAGCCUGAAGUCACCAGAGAAAAGCCUCAAACUAAAAGCCCCAUCAAAUGCAAACCUGAACAAAGAAUGUGGAGAGUUGCUGAAUCAAGAUGUUUCAGAUGCUAGCAACCUGGAGGAAGAAGAAUUGGAGGAGGAGGAGGAGGAGGAGGAGGAGGAAGAGGAAGAGGAGGGAGAGCAAGAAGAUUAUGAAAAUGACAGUGGCGAUGAGGAGGAAGAAGAGGAAGAGGAAGAAGAAGAGGAAGAAGAAGAGGAGGAUCUUACUCAAGAUAAAAAGGAGGAGGCAGAUCUGGAAGAUGAAAAAUCUCAGUCUAAUCACAUACUGGAGGAAGAGCAGGGGGAGAAAACAGAACUUAAAGGGGAAAUUAAUCCAAGAUUGGAGUAUUUUAUUCACCCUAAGUAUGAAGAGCAAAAUCGGUGUGGAACUGAAGAUGUUUGUGAUGAUGAUAAAAUAAGUAAAGAACUUGAUGAAAAGGGGGAGGAAUCUGUGGAUACUCCUGUAUCUUUUAUAGAUGGGUGUUAUGAAGGGUUGCAAGAAAAUGUAACUGCCAUGUCUCCCAAGAUAAUGAAUAAUGAAGUAACUUGCAAGUCAGUACCAAAACAAGCUGUCUUUCAAAGUCGAAAUAACUUGCAAGAUACACAAGAAAGCUGGAACAUGGAAAGCAUGUUUCAGGAUAAGUUUCACAGAAAUUCUGAUUCUUGUUUUGCAGGCUCUGAAGUGACAGACUGGAAAAAAGAGAUACUUCAGCCUUUCUCAGAUAGUUGUGGUCUUAAGGAUAAGAAGUCAAGCUUUGGUGAUGCUUUUGAAGGCGGUAAUAAUUCUCUGUCAGCAGCAAAAAACCCAGGGCUUGAAAUUCAAAAAACAAACCCUGUAGUUCUUGAAUAUGUGGAUGAUGAAGACAUGGAAGAAGAGCAAUAUGAAGAAGUAGAUGGUAAAGUCUGUGAAGCACUGAUACAGGAAAAUAAAAACUUGCACUUAAUUAGUCAUGAAGAAAAUUUAAGAGCAGCAUCUCAAUCAAGGAUCAAAGAAGAAUCAUCUGAACAGGAGAAAAAGGAGGAGGAGCAGAAGGAGAAAGAAACUAGUGAGAAGCUACAAACUGAAGUUCUUGAGGGUGCAAAAAAUUCAAUUUAUGAUCAUGACAGUCAUCAAGUCCACAGUGCUGCAAAAGACAACCCCGGUGAGAGAGAUGAGUUAGUAAAUACUGAUCCCAGUGCCCUUCCAGCAGAGGGAGCAGAGGAAGAGGAAGAUUCUGAAUCUCCCUGGGAUUCUGAGACAGAUUGUGGAAGUCUGAGAAAAGUAACAUCUGGUGUGUUUCUCCCAGCUACAGACAUGCACGGAACAUACUCACAGAUUGUUGCAGGGGAAUGCAACAAUGGUUUAUUGGAGAAACCCAACAAUUCACAGCUGAAGAGUCCUGAACCUGUUUUGGAAGUGAAUGAAACCUCUCCGAAAAAAAGACAGGAGGAGUCAGAUCUGUUGCAGGAAUUUGAUUUAGAAGAUGCAGAGGAUAUUGAAGAUGAGCAUUCAGGAUCUAGCUUUCAUAUGUCAUCCUGUGAAAAAGAGGACAUCAAGGAUGCCAUUGAAAACUAUGGUGUGCAGGAUAAAUAUAUUCUAGAAACUACCAACUUGAUAGAAAAAGCAGCACGUGAAACUCACACUGACAAAGCAGAAGUUUCACAUCAGGAAGAAAAUGAGGAAUUGCACUGUUCUGACAAGCAGUUAAGUCCAGAUCAUUGGGAAGAAAGAUAUGAAAAAAUGUGGGUUGAAAAUGAGAAAAAGGAAUUGAAAACAAAUUUUAAAAACAUUACAGCAGAGCUGAAGCAGCUGUUUGGUGAAAUUAAUGAAACUGGGAAAGCUUCUGUUGUGAAAGAAAUGUCAGAGGAUGGCUUCAGUGAAGUACUGAAGAGUUCUCAUGUUGCUACAUCUCAUGUGACAGAAUCAAGUAAUAAGUUAGAAAGUAAAGGUGAAUGUGGAGAUACUAAACUUGUGCUCAACAGACAAGUACCCAAAAUGGAAAUGGUAAUUCCAAGUCUUGUUGUCCUUCAAGACAAAAAUAACUUAAACACAAAUAUGGACGAUACCUGGAGUGUAGAUGAAAAUGAUGGCACAAACAAUACAGAUGAUACAAAGGUGCCUCUAGCAAAAGGAGAGGAAAAGAAAAUGCCUACUAUGAAAAUGGAAGAGAAUAAAAGUGGAAGUUGUAGACAUGUAGAGGGAAGUCCUGAAUACUCCUUGAGACGUAGCUUAAAAACAAGUAUUUUGGAUGGCAUUUCUAAUACUCUUCUUAAAACCAGACCUGUUUCUACAAGUGAUGAAAAUGCAUUUUCGGUAACAGAAAGGAAACUUGGAAAAUACUCUGGAUUUAAUGAUGAUAUUCCCAGGGACUGCCUUAUCAACAGUAAUAAAAUCAGAGAAACUGAAAUGGAGAGUCUUUUUGCAAAUGCUCAGCAAUCAUGUGGCAUGCUGAAAUGGAAUCUUGACGAAGAAUUAAAACAAGAUAUGGAAAGAUUUAAGAGUAAGGUAGGAAUGUUGCAAAUGGUAUUCCUGGCUUUGGAGAAAGAGAAGGUACAGCUGCAAAAAGAGGUAGAAAAAGAAAAAAGCAAACAAAAAUGUUUCAAAGCACAAGAGGUGCCAAAACAGGAAGAUCUUGAUAAAUUACAUACACCUCCAGGGAACGCUGCUAAUCAGCAAGUUAAGCAAAAGCUUACUGUAAGGAAGAAUGGCCAUUUGAAAAUGGAGAAUGGAAACACUAUGGAAGAAAAAGACAAAAAAACCCUUUUAUCUGAAGAGAGAUCAACAUUGGUUAAAAUGCCAAUGAAAAGUACAUUUGCCCUGAAUGCCAAAGCUGCAAAACAAAAGAAAAGACAGACUUCAAAGCAGAAGGCUAAUCAGCACAUGAACUCUUCCAGUGGGAAUACUUUUCAAGUACUGGAUGAUAGCAUUUCCAGUGAAACUUCACAAGAUGAAGGAAGACUUGCAGCAAAAACAAGGAGUGAAAAAAAGAAGGCCAGCAUGCAAAUGGAUGUAUCUGAUGACCUUGAUUUAACACACUCAUCCAACACAACUUCAGAGGACAUCAAAUUACCAACUUCAACGUACAAAAAGGCUGUGUUGCUAUUAGAACAGCUUAGUGUGGAUCACUCAGGUUCUACUGUUUCGCAAAUUCAAGACAUACUUCUUGAAUAUGAACAGAUAAUAGAACAUGAAAGAAAUUUAUAUGUAACUGUCUGCAGAGAAGUAAAGAAACUGGAACGUGAAAAGGAGUCAUCACAGUUAACAGCGAAAGAGACAUUGGCACAGCUAGAAAUGGAAAGGAAAAAUGAUAUCCAAAGCCUUAAACUUACUUUGCAAGAAGAAGAGGAAAAAAGGCUCACAGUCGAAACACUAUAUAAGAGAACAAGAGAAAAACUCAGAAGAAAAGAAGAUCAAUAUUGUAAAGAGAUGAAGGAGAAAGAGCAACUUGAGUUACAAUCAAGGAAUUUAGAAAUGGAGUUAAUAACAUUGAAAAAGCUUUUGAAAGAGGUUGAAGAAGAGCGUGAUGAAACACAGAGACAACUCUCUCAGGAAAAGAGCGCCAGAGCCCUGCAAGAAGGAAUUCUGAAUAACCACCUUUGGAGACAGAAGGAACUAGAGGAAGAGACAAGAAGAACUAUAAGAAAAAAUUCAGAGGAAUCCGACAGUGAGAGAGAAAAGGACCUGUUGUACAAAAAUCACUUGCUGCAAGAUGAGAUUGCUAUGCUAAGACUAGAACUUGAUCAAGUAAGACUUAGGCACCAGGAGGAAAAAGGAAAAUAUUUAGAGGAAAAUGAGACUUUGAAAGAAAAAAACGAAGAUCUCAAAACAGAACUUAAACUGAACAAGGAAGCCUUAACACAAACAGUUUUUCAGUACAACGGACAGCUGAACUUAGUAAAGACAGAGUCUGCAGUGCUAACUUCUGAACUUGAGCAGGCAAAAGAAAACAAAGACAGGCUAGAGAUAGAAAUUGAAACAUUUCGUGCCCGCCUGAACUCUACUGUUCAAGAACUUGAACGUCAUCAGUCAUCUAAAAGUGAUGUUGAACGAGUAUUUCAGAAAGACCGUGAUGAAUGGCUUCGCUUGAAGGACAAGCUCCAUCAUGACCUCUCUGAUGUGCGAAAAGACAACAAGAGCCUGUCUCAGCAGCUGAGCAAAGCCGAAAGCAAAGCUAAUUGUCUAGAAAAUGAGCUUCAUCAGUUGAAACAAGCACUUGGAGAAAAAUCACUGCUUUUAGAAAUGACACAAAAAGAAUUAAAUCAAGCCCAGUGUCAGGCAAAGGAAUGUGAUCAUGCUCGACAACUUGAGAAAGAUCAAGUAAGCAAAUUUAUAAUAAAGCAGGAGUCUAUGCAGGAACGAUUGGCCCAACUCCAGAGUGAAAACCUUUUGCUCCGUCAGCAACUGGAAGAUAUGCAGAACAAGGGGAUGGUUAAGGAAAAACAAGUGAAUGAUGUGCAGGACCGGUUUAAUGAUAUCUUCAACAAGCUCAGAGCUGAUACUGAAAAGCAAGUUUACCUAGUGGAAGAGAGAAACAAGGAAUUAAAUGCCAAGUGUACUGAUUUAAGAGAACAAAUCUGUAAAUAUGAAACUGACAAAGCAGAGAGAGAGGGCAUGGUCAGACAGCUGCAGCAGGAGCUUGCAGAUGCUCUUAAAAAGCAAUCUAUGUCAGAAGCUUCACUCGAAGUUACUACACGCUACCGCAGUCACUUGGAGGAAGACAAAUCAUGCUUACAAAAGGAACUGAAAAAGGUUAAAAACAAGUUGGAGGAGUUGGAAGAACAGCACCUCCAGUCUGAACAUUGUGUUCGUGACUUGAAGACUGCAUUGGAUGAUAAAGAAAGAGAACUAACAGCUUGCUCCCAGAAACUCCAGGACCUCCUAUUGGCAUCCUCUGGGACUAAUACUACUAUAAAACAACUAGAAGAACACAUCCAGCGCCUUGAAAUUGAAAAUGCCCGAUUGGAAGCCACAGUCCAACAACAAAGCACUAGGAUUGAAGCGCUUCAGAGAGACCUGCAAGUCUCUGCCUCAGUUCAUAACCGCUUGGAAGACUUGAUAACUGGCUUCCAGACAACACAGGCAGCUGUAGACUAUCACCACCCGCUGCAGAUGCAAAAGCAGAAUGUGGUGUCCCUGAUGCCAAAGGAUAGUGUGUGGGAAGAGCAAUUGAAGUCAAUAACCCACCUUGAAGAGCGUGUUGCUCAGCUUGACAGGGAAAAGGCUGAUCUCUUAGAACAGUGUGAGAGUGAAAGAAAGAAAGUGAAAAAGCUGGAAGAAUUGAAACACCCAGUUGAACUGCGUUUGGACCAAGAAAUUAAAAGAAAUGCUGAUCUGCAGAAAAACUGUAAGAGGUUGAAGAGGCUUCUCACUGGAGCUGUGAAGAAGGUACAACUCUAUGAAGAGAGAGAGAUGGAGUCCCAGCUGAAUUUGCAGGGAGAAAUGAAGAACAGGUCUUCUAAAUUGGUCAAUGAAAUUGGUGAACUAAGAGCAAAGGUUGGUGAACUUUCCCAGCAGCUGGAGAUAAAGUCUAAGAAAUGCAUGCAAUUAGAAGUACAAAAUCAGGAUUUGCAAGAAGAGUUGUCCACCAUGCGUGGGAACCAUGAAAAACUGGAGAAGAGCAAAUGCCAGCUGAAAGAAGAGGUGGCUGACCUUAAACAUCGUUUGGAGACUAGCAUGGGCCAAAUAGAGCAAUAUAAAAGAGUGGUGGAUGAACGAGCUGACCAAGAAAUAAGGCAAAAACUACAAGAAGUCAAUGUGUUUUUGCAGACACAGGCGGCCUCUCAUGACCAAAUAGAACAAAUCAGAGCCAGUCAUCAUGCUUCAAUGAGAAACCAGCUAAAACAGACAAUUAAAGAUUUCGAACGUGAAUUGGACAGGAUAAAAAGUACCCAACAAGACAGUAUUUUUCAAAAAGAAUCCACACAGGCAGAAGUGCAAAAGUACAAAGAACUGUAUCUGGAGGAAGUGAAAAUUAGAGGACGCCUAGCAAAUAAACUGGAAAGAGCUAAUGAGAAACUAGCAGAAGCCAAUGCCAAACUCCUUCAGGUGCGCCACAGAAGCAAGUCUUUAAUCACAAGCAGCUUUGCCAGUGGAGAUCUGGCUGCAAGUCCAGUUCUGUAUUCAACUGAACUGGGACAUCUUGGCAACAGUUUGGCACUGAACAGAAGUUUAAGUCUAGGAGGAAGCUUCCUAAGUCCAGCCAGGAUCGCAUUAUCAUCAAGAAAGAGUGUUGAAGCUUUCGUGGCUAAGGUACGACAGGAAAUGGAUGAAAAAAUCACUAAAGAACUUGAACAGGCUACUGUUGAACUUCAAACUGGAUCUGCUGGAGCUUCUCCCAUGGUAUCUGCUGAUGGAUCUUCCAAAAAUUUCUGUGUUGAUCAGGAUCCUCUUAGCAGGGCAAUACAGGAGUACCGUGAUGUUUUAACCAAAAAUUACAUGAUUCGAUAA